GCGGCGCACUCAUGGAGAAGAAUGUGCAGGUUGCCGUCCGCGUGCGACCGAUGAAUGAACGAGAGAAAGCACACCAGCGACCAAGCGUGGUGACGGCACAGCCAAAGGCGCACCAGAUCACAGUUCGCAAGAAGACGUACACGUUUGAUCGUGUGUUUGGGCAAUAUGCGACGCAAAAGGACGUGUUCAAAGGCGCCGUGCAGAACGCGGCUGACGAAGCACUGUCAGGAUUCAACUGCACUGUGUUUGCGUACGGCCAAACAGGCACAGGCAAAACACACACCAUCCAAGGGACGUUGAGCCCAAAUCACGAAAACGCGGGCAUCAUUCCCCGCAGCGUCAACUAUAUUUUCGAGAAGCUGCAGGCCACCAAGCGAGAAUACUCGGUCCGCGUGUCGUUCCUGCAACUCUACAACGAAGAAUGCAAGGACUUGUUGAGCGAAAACAGGAAGGACAAACCGCUGCGAUUGAUGGAAGACAUCAAGCGUGGCGGCGUGUACUGCCAAAACCUCGAAGAAGUGACGACACUGACGGCAUCGCACGUGUACGAACUGCUGGAAACGGGGGCGAAGAACCGCAUGACCGCGGAAACCCUCUUGAACGACCAGAGUAGUCGGUCGCAUUGCAUUUUCACGAUUCGGAUCCACAGCAAGGAAGCAAAUGUGGCCGGCGAAGACAUUCUCCGUAGCGGUACGCUGAAUUUGGUGGACCUAGCCGGGUCUGAAUGCAUUGGUCGGUCCGGCGCGCGAAAUGCACGGGCGCGGGAAGCAGGCAACAUCAACCAAAGCCUGUUGACGCUGGGGCGAGUGAUCACUGCGCUCGUGGAUAAGCAUCCCCACGUGCCGUACCGCGACUCGAAGCUGACGCGGUUGCUGCAAGAGUCGCUGGGCGGCAAGGCCAUGACGACGAUCAUCGCCACCGUGGGCCCGGGCUGUGACUGCGUGGACGAGACGCUGAGUACACUGGACUAUGCACAUCGAGCCAAGAGCAUCAAGAACAAGCCCGAGGCCAACCAGCGCAUGACCAAACAUGUGUUGAUCAAGGAGUACAGCCAAGAGAUCGACGCUUUGCGGUCGCAGCUGAUUGCCGCGCGCAACAAGGACGGCAUCUACCUGCCGACGUCGCAGUUUGCAGAGAUGCAGGAGCGAAUCACUGGCCUCGGCACGCAGCUGGGCGAGUUGGAGGACGAGCUCGAGCGCAAAAGCCAGCAAAUUCUCGAGCUCGAAGAUGCAUUGGACACGGUCAAGACGGAGCACGCCGACGUGGCUGGAAAACUGCAGCAAUCCGAGACUCGAUUGAUUCUGAUCGCCGAUGAGUUGGAAGCCAAGGAAGGGGCGCUGGCGGCCGCCCAGGACGACCUGCGCGAGUCCCGUGACCUACUGCGCCAAGCUCGAGACAAUGAAACGCAAUUGGUACAUCAAGCCCAAGUCGCGUCGGCAAUGUAUCACAGCCGUGUGAACGACAUUCAAGUGUUGCAGGCCAAACUCGACCGGAAGCAUGGCAUUCUCACGCAUAACGCGGCUGCGACGACGGGGUUUGCCGAUGGCGCCGCCGCGCACUGCGCCGCGUUCGAAGCCGCCCUGCACACGUAUCGGGAACAGCAUCGCAUGCACGUUGUGGACAUUCAGACCACGCUGGGCGUGGCCACGUCACAGUUUGCGACCGACUUGGCCCGAGUGCAGUCGGAAGUGCAGGGGAUUCACACAACGAUGCAACACGCCCUGCAAGUCGUGGGCGCCGCCAUGGACAGCCACGAGACCACCCUUGGGGAGCAAACCGACUCGAUGAGCACCGCCAUGCGCGCUCAGUCUGUCGAAUGGAUGGCCCAGAUCCAUCGGCUCGAGCCGCUGGUGGCCACUCAAACCAAGCACAUUCAACACGUGUUGCAAGGUCUUGAAGAGGCGACGCAACAACUGACGGCCGACCUGUCGACCCAACUCUGUCACACAUCGAAGCACAUGGAAACGGCGUCGCAGGCCCAAGUGGAGCGGCUGGACGCGAUCAAGGAGUCCGUGGCCCGCGCAUUGGCAGACCAUGCGGCCGCGGCGGGCGCCGACAAGGAUCGCGUCGUUGCGGCGCUGACGUCGACGCAAGUGGACUUGCAAAGCCAAGUGCAAAUCAUCCAACAGCUGGUCCAAGUGCAGUUGGACGCGUGUGUGUCGACAGUGUCACAGGCCCUUGCCAACCAACGCACGGCCGUGCAGAGCCAACACGACGACGCGGUCUCGAGACUGCAAAGUAUCACGACGUCGGUCGAAUCUGCGGUGACUGCGUUGUCUAAAGGAACGAUAUCGCAAGGCACGGCGCUCCAGUGCCAUGUCGACGCGACGUCCGCGCUCGUGGACGGGUUUGCGCGGAGCGCCGAGAAACAUGGGCAACAAAUCGCAACGUCGUUGGCAGACCAGACAGACACAGUGGACGAGUGGCAUGCCACGAUGGACGGAUCGAUGGCGGCGGGCGUCGCGGCGCUGGAACUUGCCGCGCGCCAGCACUUGCAAGACAAUGUCCGAGCGGUUCAAAGCUCCUCGGAGCGAGUGCGUGGAGAAGUGCGUGCACUUGCGACUCGACAGGAAGACAUGGGGUCGGUCCUACAGAGUGCCGCACAGGCCAUGGAAACGUCGGUCGCGGUCAGUAUUCCCCAGCUGGAAAUGGUGGCCGCGGCGGCGGAUGGACAUGUGGUUUCGUGUGUGAACGAAGUGCAGCGCCAGUUGCACGAGGUGGCGGAGCUCAACCAGACGCUGCAGUCGGACGCGGCAUCGACGCCGCUCUUGUUGCCGCAAGACUCGUUUCCGACGUUCCAAGUGCAGGCAAUGGCAUCGACAGGGGUCAAACGGAAAUCAGAUGAUAAGGACACGACUGGCGGCGUGGCCAGUCGGUUACAGCCGCCCAAAAAGUACGCCAAGUCCAACUGCGACACUGUCGUGAGCGCAUAGAGAGACACAGGCGAGCGACCUAACCAGUUAAUUAGUUUCGAUGGGAAAAAAUAGCAAUUGAAUUAGUCAUGAUACGUACCAA